UUCAGUAGGCUCUUUGCAUUAGUGACAAGAUGUCUACCAGGAAACGUCGUGUGGCUGAUGCUCCUGCAGCUGAAAAGGAGGAUGAAGGAAAUAUGUCUGAUACUCCUUACGAGUUACUUGGAGCAACAUCUGCAAUGAUUGAUCCACCUCCUAAAAGACCUAGAGGUCGCCCACCUAAGCCCAAAUCUACUUCAGUCAGUUCAUUAAAGAAGAAAACCGAAGAGCCAAAACCAGUAGGUCGACCUAAGAAGGCUCCUAAAAGACCAGGUAGACCGCCGAAGCCAGCAAAGCCUGUCAAUGUUGAAGAAGGUGGCUCUGAUGCUGCUGCUGAUAUAAACAACGAGUUGCAUGCUCAGAUUUAUGCCCUAAAUUCCAAGCUUCAGGUUGCUGAUUCGAAGGUUGCAGAGUUACUGAUGCAGUCAGAAACACGGGAAGAAGUGAUUCGCAACUUAGAAGAAGAGCUUAGCGAGACAGAGAAAAUACGUAAAAAGCUUCAUAAUGAAAUAAUGGUAACGUUUGUUCUUUUUUUUCUUCAGUCGAAUUACAAGUUUAAAAUUUCCUUUUACUAACUAUACGUCUAAAUUGG